AAACGCUUGGCUUAGCCCUCACUGUGGCUACAGUUGGUCCCUUCUUGAAAAAGUCCGUGCUGGAGAAGCCAUGGCCACGGAGGGCCUUGCUGGGGACGUCGGCGAGAAGUAGGAACGGGCCUGGCGGUGACGUGUCCUCAGGGUGGACUGAUGUGAAUCAGUAAUUUAAAGCACUGAUUUUGAUCGUGACUAAGAUGAGGAAGCAGGAAACCUGUUGAGAUAAAGCUUGCCAAAUGUCAUCUUCUUUUGCAUUUUUAUUUUUCGGUAGUUGUCCCCAAAGGAAGCUUGCUUAGGAACGGUUAAAUCACGCUGCUGAGCACUGACUGUGCCAGAAGCCCUGUACCUGCGCUCUCCUCUGAACAGCCCGGUACCAUGCAGCUGCUCAGGUUUUUUCCUUCUGCCUUUCUCACACCGGAUUAUUAUUUUUUUAUUUGCUGGCUUCUUCAUAUCUUAGUUGUUUGCUGACCUAUGUCAUGGGUAUCGGCUUUGGUCACUGAACCCUGCAGCACCUAUAGUCCGGUCAGGCUCAAGGCUUCACGCUCACUUGCACUCAGGGGUUAGAAAAGGAAAAUAAAUCUCCUGGUGCCUUGUGUCCUUGGCAGCGUCGCAGCUUUGGGAGACGCAGCCUCUGGGCUGGGACCAGCACGACCAGCACAGUGUUCCCAGUGGCACAGCCAGCCCCACGGGACCACCGCUGGCACCAGUGCCUGGAGGAUUGGGGUUUCCUACCAGUUGUUUUUCCCUCCUGGUUCUGGGAAAACAGGGCAAGUUCUUCCCACUGUUAAUGUUUGAUCAGGACCUGCCUGCUGCUCUCUGAACUCAUCCCUGUAAUAAAGGAGGCGGCUGCCCGCGCUGGCCGCAGCGGGAAGGAAGCUGCAGGGUGUUCGAUGUGAGCCUGAUGCUGCGGCUCAGCCCACAACUCAAACAGACAGUGCCAAGGCGAGGCUUUGGAGGGAGAGGAUGGAUUGCAGCUCAGAUGACCCCAUGGAUACACCCUACAGGAUAUUCCUGCCAACGGCGCCUGCCACAGGAGGCCAGCAGGCUGAUCAUCUCCAUGGCAAAGGCAAGGGAUUAACAGGAGGGGGAUGAUGAGGGAGCCAAGGGAUGGAGGAGCCUGAGAGGACACUGCCUUCCACCUCGUACCACCACCACCAGCAUCCCAGGAACACACAUCAUCUCCCCGAGCCCCAAGUCCUCCUCCGUCCUGGCACCCAUCGCCUCCUGGGUGAGCUCUGGGCCGACAGAAAUUGGAGACACACCAGCACUCCCUCUGUCAGAUAUGGCUUUCGGCUGCACCCUCAUUUCUGCCAGCAGCAUGGUAGAUUCUCCUGCUCCCAGGUUACUCAUCCAAGCACCCAUCCUCGUCUGGCAGAAGCAGCUACUCUUAAAUCGCUUCACCAGGGGUGGUGGUAGCCAUGGAGGGGCCAAGGCGUGGGCAGCCUUCACCAGUCCUUUGCUGGACACCACGAUGGUGGCAGAAGCUCCUUCUUCCCUCUGGAGGAGCGGACUCUGAACUUCUGAGGGGCGAACACAACUCUUUGACAGUUCGCCCUCGUCCCUCAGCCCCGGGGCCUGAUUUGCCAGGAGGACGUGGAUCCCAGCUUUUGAUCCUAACGCUGCGCGGGGGGAAGCGUCCUGCCUGCCUUGUGAACUUGCACUGUCUUGGGCUGGGACUUGGCUCUGGCGCAGCUCCUCUCCGCAGGGCUUAGAUCAUCACUCUCCUACGGAGAAUACCCAGCAGCUGGAGGCCCCUCGCCGUCCAGGGACGCUCUCUCCCAAAGGCUUCUUUAACAGCCCCCCAAGGAUUUCUCCGGGCCACAAUAUUCCCCCAGACAAGCCUUUCUUCUCCUCCCGCCUUUCUUCUGUCAAGGAGCCCUCUGGGACGAGCAGCAUUGUCAGGAUGGUGCCAAUUAGGCUGAGCCGGCUUCCAAGAGGCUGCGCUGGCACCGGCUGGGGGCUGCUGUUGCUCAUAAAGGUCUCAUUGUUCGGCGCGCCGUGGGGCUGCUGGCCGGCGGGGCCGGCGCGGUCCUCUGUCUCAGGCACGCUUCCUGGCUCCACGCGGCGCUGGUGUCACUGCGCGCUGCUCAAAGGGAUGAUUAACGGGUGUCAUUGCGGGGGCUGCGAAGGGGAGGAUUUGUCAAGCCUCCCUCGGCUCCCCGCGAGGCCCGAACGCGCGAGCUGAGAAAAACCAGAGAACCAUCAAAGUGGCCGGAGCUCCUGGAGGGGGGGAAAAUCUGGCAUCUUUGGCUCCCUUCCACGCUUUGUGCCUGACAAUGGUCGAGAUCAACGACUAAUGCGCUUUUAUUAACUGCUCCCCUAGAUCUGGCUUGGAAAACAUGGCCACUUCAGUGAGGACAUUCCCAGUUGCCCUGUGGACACCGACGCCGGCUCCCUGGCCGGGAGAAAACACCACCGCGGUGUCGGAGGCAAAGUGCGUCUUCAACGAGGAGUUCAAGUUCAUCCUGCUGCCCGUCUCCUACAGCAUCGUCUUCGUGGUGGGUCUGCCCCUCAACUCCUGGGCCCUGUGGAUGUUCAUCUCCAGGAUGAGGCCCUGGAACGCCACCACCACCUACAUGUUCAACUUGGCCGUCUCCGACACACUCUACGUCCUCUCCCUCCCUACGCUGGUCUACUAUUACGCCGACCGCAACAACUGGCCCUUUGGGAAAGGGCUCUGCAAGAUCGUCCGCUUCCUCUUCUACGCUAAUCUCUACAGCAGCAUCCUCUUCCUGACGUGUAUCAGCGUCCACCGUUACAUGGGCAUCUGCCACCCCAUCCGCUCCCUGAAGUGGGUGAAGACCAAGCACGCCCGCAUCAUUUGUGUGGGCGCCUGGCUUGUCGUCACCAUCUGCCUCAUCCCCAACCUCAUCUUUGUCACCACCAGCUCCAGGGGCAACAGCACCCUGUGCCAUGACACCACCAGGCCCGAGGAGUUCGACCAUUACGUGCACUACAGUUCCUCCGUCAUGGCCCUCCUCUUCGGGGUCCCCUUCCUGGUGAUCGUCCUGUGCUACUGCCUGAUGGCCAAGAGACUCGGCAAGUCCAACUUCUCCAGCCCCAGCCCCCGAAUGCCCUCCUACAAGAAGCGCUCCAUCAGGAUGAUCAUCAUUGUGCUCGCUGUCUUUGCCAUCUGCUUUGUGCCCUUCCACAUCACCCGGACCCUCUACUACACCUCCCGCUACUUCCAAGCCGACUGCCGGACCCUCAACAUCAUCAACUUCACCUACAAGAUCACGCGGCCCCUGGCCAGCAUCAAUAGCUGCCUUGACCCCAUCUUGUACUUCAUGGUUGGGGACAAGUACCGGGGGCGGCUGCGCCGGGGUCCAGGCCAGCGGCUCCGGCCUGUGCCCACAUGCAACCUGGCCCUGGUGUCCCCCUCCAUGGACAACCUCACAGGUGGUAGCCACGCUGACAAUGACACCCAAGGGACAGGGACAGCACGGAGCAGAGGCAGGUGCCAAGGGGACAAUGGGGGGUUACAGUAGCCUCAUCCCUGGUCGCCACAAGUCACAGCCCCUCUGGGCUCUGUGUGGGUGCCUGGGCACCCCCAGGUCCCCAAACUUGCCUCUGCUGAAGGCUGAGGAUAGGUGGCCAUGGGACUUGUCCCAGCACUGCCCCGAGAUGCCAAGGGAGGAGGGUGCCAGUACUGCUCAGGGCAGGACAGACACCUUCCUGCGGGAAGGGGAAGGCUGCUGAGAAAGCCACUUUGGGAUGGCACAUGCCCCAUCCUGGGAUGCUUCCGAGGACAUGUGGGGGCUGACAGGUCAAUAAAGGGAAGGGACACUGGUCCCUCCCUUGGGAUGCACGGCCCUUCUGGUCUGAGUGGCAGCAACGUGCAGGGACCGGACUGAACCUGGGGAUGGCGUCAACGCUGGAUGCCCCGUGUGCCUGGCAGAGGCUCUCUGAGAUGCCCCUGUCACACUGUUGACCUUCAGACAGGUGGGGAGGGAUGUGGCAUGGGGCACUUAAUGCCCAUCAUCCCCCAAUAAAGCUCCUUCACUUUUCUCUACGCUGAGACCUCUUCCUCCUCGUAGCAGAAGGAAGAGGGACGAGAUGCCCACCCUUGCCCCAGAAAGCAUUUGAGAGCAAAGAAAAGCCACCCGCUGCCUCAGCGCUGGGGCAGGUUCGGAGCGAGGGGCUGGAGUGGUGACACCCAUGGUGAUGGGAAAGUCCUCGGAAAUCUGCCUUUAUGGGUGUUUGCUUUCCAAAUGUUUACUCAGCCCUUGUGUUUGACCAAGUGCCUGCGCAGAGAGGAGCAGACCAGAGAUGGCUAUCAGCGCUGUCGACUCUCCCACGUCAGCCCAGGCAGGGAUGGGACAGGGCUGUCCCCGCCAUGGGGAGCCCUGGGGGGGGCUGCCCCUCCAUCACCCCCCAGGAGUCCUCCCAGCACAUGCCUGGAGAAGGAAAGCCCAUAGCGUCAUCGGGGUGUCACCCCCCAGCCAUGGCACCGGCCACACACAGCCACAUCCCACCAGGGGCUGCCCAGGUCACCCAGGGAGGGAGAGGGCUCCAUGGAUGCCACAUCCCAUCCCCGCAUCCCCAUCCCACUGGACCCCCAGAG